AUGGAGCUUCUUCCCGAGGGCCAACAGAACGCCGUGGAGGUGUUGUGGGAGGACCAGCAGAAAAUCAACAAGUUUUCGUCGCUCAUAUACAAAAAAGACGCAUUGAAUGAACGCCUUGAAAAGUUCAAGACAGAGAAGGAGUACAUCGACGAUUUGGCGUUGGAAAUUGAGCUUUUAGACGAGGAUGAGAAAAUCCAGUACAAGAUUGGCGAUGCAUUUGUUUUCUUGAAAGUUGAUGCUGCCGUUGAAGCCAUCAAUAAGCAAAACGAGUCGUUGGACGGCCUGAUAGAGAAAUUGUCGGACGAGAUCGACGAAAUCGAAGAGCAGCUAGCGCAGUACAAAAAAGACCUCUAUGCCAAAUUCGGCAACAACAUCCAGCUCGAGCGCUGA